GGUGAAGAAGACGUGCCGUGCCAGAUUCUACUGGUAGGAAAAGAAAGGACGAAACCCUCUACAAGGCUGUUCUGAUUCCUGAUUCCGUUCCGUCGGAAUAUCAACGAAAUCUGCAGUUGUGGCUACGGGUAAGCGGGCGGUGUUACAAUCUUGUUCAGAUAGUAAUUUUGCAGACUGGGCUGUGGCUGUGGCUUCUUCUCCUGCUACUCAUUCUUCUGCUGCUCCAGCCUUUGGGGACCUAUCUUUAGGUUUUAAUGCAGCCCCCAACGCCGCCGUGGACGGUGGCGCCGCCUCAGGAGGCCAUGUUGGGCUGUGGAGCUCCUCUUCCGCUAGGCAGAUGCAGCAGCAGAUUAGCCAUGGAGUUCCCCCGGAUAUGGGCAUGUUCGUGGUGGCGCCGGCGGCGUCUUUUCUCCACCAUUUUCAGCCCGCCUGUAUCAGCUUUGACGGAUCCGCCACCGUGAGCGGCGGAGGGUUGCAGCUGUGGCAGAGCCAAGAUACGGCGGCGCCGGCGCCGGCGCCGGAUAUUAGUUAUACCAAGAAGCUCGGCGAGCAUCCCCACGGCAGCCCUAGUAGUAAUUCCCAGAGUUUUUUUCAGCUUCACGGCGGCGCAGCCGCCGACGGUGGCGGCGCCGCCGUGUCGACUUGUCAAGACUGCGGAAACCAAGCAAAAAAGGACUGCAUCCAUCGGCGGUGCCGGACAUGUUGCAAGAGUCGCGGUUUAGACUGUUCUACCCACGUGAAAAGCACGUGGGUUCCGGCGGCGCGCCGCCGCGAACGGCAGCAAGUCUCUCAGGCCACCAGCCCCGCCGCCGUGUCUUGUUCGCAGUCAGUUUCCUCCGGCGUUAAGAAACCCAGGCUAGUCCUGGGCAAUAAUUCCCAAACAUCCCACACUUCCACCUCAAACAACACGGCCACCACGCCGAGAAGCUUCGACACCGGCGACAGCAGCGGCGGCGGCUCGAUGCCGAAGCAGGUAACCGCCCCGGCGGAGUUCCGGUGCGUCCGCGUCAGCCCCGUGGACGGCGGCGAGGACGACGAGUUCGCUUACCAAGCCGUAGUAAGAAUCGGCGGCCACGUUUUCAAAGGCUUCCUCUACGACCAAGGCCUCGAAAACGACGGCGACGAUCACGCCGGAAACAAUGCCCAACACCCCGGAUUAUUCCCCAACAUAUCCGACUUAAACUUGGGCGCCCGAGGCGGCAAUAACAACGUUAUUCUCGGUGGUACAACCUCGUCGGCGCCGCCAAUUCUUGCACCUUCAUCAUCAGAACCUCACGACAUCUUCGCCGCCGGCGCCGGCGGAAUCAUCGGAAUGGGAGGGGGUUCGAAUUUUGGCAUUGGAAACCCUUUCUAGUAGAUUGAAAUUGAUUUCUAGUUUUUUGAUAAAAUCGUACUCAUUUAUAAAGUCAGUCUUUUCUGAUGCUAAGAACAUAUUAACACUGUGUACUUCCCUACAUUGUUGUAUUCGUUUCUGCUUAUUAUUUAAGAUUUAAGAAAAUUUAAAACUCUGAUCUUAA